UUCAGUUAGACGGUCUCCUUAUCACAAUUCGAUGUGUAACCAGUAUAUCUUAAAUCGUGAUGUUCACAUAUUAUUUUUGUCUGAUUAGUGAUUACAGUGCCGACGCGGCGACGCCGGUGCCGGAUUUAGCGCCAAUUUAAUGAAUUCACGACAAUGGACCGUGAUUUCGUAUAAAGUAUUAACGCUACCCCUUAGAUUUAAACUAUCAACUAUUAAUAUUUAAGUGAACCACCUAAUUUCUACAAGUUCACGUCAGUUGAAGUCAAUGCGAAAAUCUUUAAUAAUCCAUAUGAUCCGUGUGUUGAAUUUUUAAACAUGUUAGGUUACAAAAUAUUAAUUUUAUUUGUUGAUCAUUUAUAGCUGUAAGUAAUAAGUAUAAUUAAAAUUUAUACUAUACUUUGUUUUUUAGUUCUUUGAAUUUGCUAGUGUACCAGCUUGUCGAACAUAGGGUUUUUUCAUCUUCUAAUUUAUAACAUCAACCUGAAAUGGCGUCGUCAAAUGAAGCAGAAGACGAAAAUAGAAGAAAUCUCAACUAUGACGAGUUAGAUAUGUAUAGUAAACUAGAAGUUAAACUUAAAGCACGUAAUAAAAUUAUACGUCGUAAAGAAAUUACUCUGCCCUGCGCACAUGUCGAAGACAUCGACCUUUCAGAUGCUUUGGAAGCUAAUACUGAUCCUUCAGUUAGAGGAUUAAGACUUCAUAAACGUUUGGAGGUUAAUGCGCAAGCAAUUAGUUCAUUGAUGGAUAACGUUCGCCAGCUGAAACGUACUUCAGAAUUGGAAAUGGAUUUUAGUACCGAUCACCGAAGAGAUGAAAAUGAUGAGGUCAGUCAAACAGUUACACGACUUCGACAGCAGUCUGAAAAACUUUUCAAAAACAUUAUUCAUACCCAAGUUGCUUUUAAUGAAUGUUUAAGUUUAACUGACAAUUUAGAAAACAAAGAGCAUAUAAAAAAUCACAUUAAGUUAAUAGAAAAAACUUGUAAAUAUGAUAGAGGUGUGGAAUCAGUAAUUGGUUGUAACAAAGAUAUAUUAGAAAAACAUAUUGACAAAAACUUGAAAAUUGAUAAUGUCGAGGAAUUUAAAAAUGUGUGUAAUGAAUUGACCCAAGGGAUAUUAACUGCCACUUAUGACGCCGGCGUAAAAACAUAUAAAAACCAUGGACAUUUAUUAGCAACUAAACAUUUCAAUAAACCUACUGAAGAGUUACUAGGAGAAGAGUUGAUAGUAGGGAAGUUAGAUCCAUAUACACGACAACCAAUAACUAAACCAGUAAGCAACAAAGUUUGCAAACAUAUAUAUGAUCAAGAAUCAGUUAAUCAAAUGUUCCAGAAUAAACUGUUUGUAUCUUGUCCAUAUAUUGGAUGCACAAACAAACAUUUUACAAAAGCUGAUCUAAAUCUUUCCAUGAAUACUAAUUAGUUAAUAAAUAUUAUUUGUUUAAGUAAAAAAGAAACUGUAAUUUUUUUUAUUUACUAUUGAGAAAUACUUUUUCUGUUAUUUGUAUAAAAAAGAAGCUGAAUUGAGACUGUCACACAGGAUUACCAUGAUAAUAGUUAAUCACUAUUAUUUUUUCUACUUACAUUUAUACAUACAUAAUUAAAGAAAAUAUAAUUAUAUUAUACACAAUCACAAAAAGGGUGCAUCUCAUAAAUGUUAAGUACAUAAUAAUAUAUAUUUUCAUUUUAUAAAUAUUUAUUUUGUUUAAUUUAUUCAACAUUUAUAUAUUAUAAAAGUUCCAAUAUUUACCUCUUAGAAUCACUAUUUUCUAAGCAGCAGAAGAAGUACUUAUGAACAUUUUGGAAAGCACUUUCCAACAGAAAAAAAACAUUGCUUGAAUUGUUAUUUCUGUGAAAAUUUAGGUAGAUAACCAUUAAAUUGUAAUUUUUUUUUUGUUUCAUUAUUAAAAUAUUAAUAUUUACUUCAAUACAUUAAAUUUAAAAAUAGUUGUAAAAAUGCAUUUUUUAUUAGCCUUCCUCUAAUUAAAAAGAGAUUGUUAAUAGUUACCAUUUAAUUAUGAUAAUAUUUUUCAAUAUAUUUUGUAAUUUGGUAUUAUACAAAUGUAAGCAGACUAAGUAUAUAGUUUGAUAUUUAUUAUCAAACCAAUAGUAAAUAACAAGUUUCUAAAUAUGAUUUGAACAAUUCUGGUUUACUUUUUAUUGUAUUUCAAUUUACAAUCUUCACGAUUAAAAUAAAGUUUUGUUCUAACUUAAAAAAAGUUAACUAAAAUAUCAGUCAUGAUUCAUGACAUCA